AUGGACAACGAUCGCACCUCAGCGUUGGUGGACAAGCUGACCGCCGCUCUUGCUCGCAUGCCAGAAGAGUCGGCGCAGGAGACAGGCGUCGUCGUCGUCUCCGACUACCCCGACGCCUUCUCUGCCUCUGCCACUGCCUCUGCCAUCGCCGUCACUGCGCUCCGCAGCGCUGAUGACGCUUCUGGCGCGAACGCUCCCCCUGGCGCCGAGAGUGACCAGGACACACAAACCAAAUUCGCCAUCAGCCAAAUUCCCACUGACAUCCGCAACACCGCCACCUUCACCAACACCUACCACGAAUUCCCUCUCACCAUCGACGCUCACAGAGCGUUUCUCAAGGAGUUCAAGGACAGCUGGGGCUUCGGCCAGUUGAGACACGACUACUUUUCCACCGCGCGGAAAAUCGCCAUCAGAAUGGGCACCAUCUUCCAAACCAUCUUCGUCUGGAACGUCGGCGACAACAUCACCAACGACCUGCGCAUCCGCAAGUACCACCCGGACGAGCGCAUCGCCGACUUCGCGGUCAAGAUCAAGCAGCGCACCGACUUGGCCGUCGACUUCACCAACGAGGGUAGCUGGCACGUGCCCGAUCUCGCCUUUGCCCACGCAGACGCCUACUACCCGGGGGUGGUCAUCGAGGCCAGCUACGCCGCGCAGACGCUGCCGUUUGCAGAGCUCGCGCAGCAGUACAUCCAGAAGUCCGCUGGUGAGAUCAAAGUCGUCGUGGGCUUGGAGAUUGAAUAUCCGGCGGCGAAGCAGGGCAAGAUCAUGGUCUGGAAGGAGAAGGAGGGUUUGGCGGGUGCAACCGAGGCCGAGUUGGUCGUCGACGAGAACUUCCGUCAUGGCGAGGGCACGAUGAACCCGGACUGCAAGGGCCUCUACCUGCGCCUCAGCGACUUCUGCCCAGACCACAUGAUCCCUGCGGAGGUGAAACCGCUGAUCGCGGCGCCGAAAUACCUCGGGCACGACACCGGCAUCCACAUCUCGGCGUCCGACCUGAACUACUUCGUCAACAUCGCCCUCCAGCACCACCAGCGAGCUGAGGCCCACUACACCGCGCAGGAGGAGGAGCAGCAGCAGCAGCAGCAGCAGCAGCAGCAGGAGUAG